UAAUACAUAAUUUUCCAUUUACCAUUCAGGAGUUCUUUAAAAUGAUUAUCUUCAGAACUUUCAUCACUUUCUCUAGUCAAUUAAUCGCAGCUGUUCUUUCAUAAAUUAUUUAGUAAUUAUUGUGUCCCAGUUGGGGCGCAAUGUUGAUAAAAGAAACUUAACCUUAGGCGGCUUAAACAUUUUGCUAUCAACUGAAUAUACUUAGAUUCGAGGGCUUAAAGCACAACCACUUUCUCAAGUACACAUUGUAACGAUAUGUUAGAUGGCACCAACGGUGUACAGUACCUCAAGACCGUCAGUCUACCGAUUGGGAAACCCCAACCUUGAGCGUAAACAACGUACAUCGUUUUAGCUAGAUCUAUAGAUUAGAUAUCAAUUCGCCACAAAAGCAUUCCCGACAUUCCUUCCUGUCAAAAGCGGGAAGAGAUGCUCUCCACGACGAGACAGGUCUUGCAUUUCGCGUUAUCAUUCUUCACAUGUGGAGGGAUAUCUGAUGCACGGUCUUAUCGUCCGUUGUCAUGUCCCUACCACAACUGGGUCAUUGACAAGGGCGGGUGAUAAUAAUUAAGGUCGAGAGGCAUUGAAACAUGCAUCAGCAUAAUUAAUUGUAUGUUUUUUUUUUAUCUUUCGUGAUGCGCCUUGGAUAUCACCAAAUGAUGCUGGAAGUUCGUAUAUAAGCUCGAACCCAGAUGUUAACCGGUACUUCGAAGUCUAGUUCUCACCGUUUCUCAAAACGUAGCGCUUAGGAUAGUAAUCAUGACCCGCAGUACAGUGUUGAUCACAAUUGUUGGCCUCGUGCUAACCGAAGGUUUCAAACUAGGUCUAAACAAUGAAAAUGAAGACAGUAUUAAAAUUGUUGGAGGACAUCCAAUUGGAAUCGAACAGGCUCCCUAUCAGGUUUCGGUUCAGGUCAAAUCUAAAUCGUCCCAGCGGCACAUUUGCGGCGGAACGAUUUUGAGCGCCGACAAAGUUCUGACUGCAGCCCACUGCAUAGAAGAGGGAACUAAAUACGCGGUGCGGGCGGGCUCCAACAAUCACGGUCGCGGAGGCCAACUGGUGAAUGUUCUGGACUACCGAGUCCACCCGGAGUUCAGCGAUUACUAUCUGACAAACGACGUCGCCAUGCUGCGGCUCGAGAGGCAUCUCUUCUUCAGCAGAUCGGUCGCACUGAUCGGGAUGGCCUAUUCGGAGUACUUCUACACGGCGCCGAAGGAGGUGUUCGUUUCCGGUUGGGGAUCGAUUCUGUACGACUCGUCGCUCUCGGAUCGGCUGCAAGGGGUUUCUAUCCCGCUGGUGAGCCACGAACAGUGUUCCCAGCUGUACGCCGAGUUUAAUAACGUGACGGAAUCGAUGUUCUGUGCCGGCCAGGUCGAGAAGGGCGGCAAGGAUUCCUGCCAGGGUGACUCCGGCGGUCCAGUGGUGAUGAACGGAUACUUGGUUGGGGUGGUUUCCUGGGGCUACGGGUGCGCCGAGCCGAAGUAUCCCGGAGUUUACUCGAAGGUGUACUCCUUCCGGGAGUGGAUUCAGUCGUUGCUGUGAUUGAGGGAUGGGCCUUCUGAAAUAUUGUUAGCAAUAAAAUUAGUGAAUGAAUACAUUGAAAUGAGAUGAUA